AUGCAUUCAACUGCGUGUCUGCGAUGUCAUCGGAGAAAGGUCCGAUGCGACAAGUCUCUCCCACAGUGCUCCGCAUGCACAAGAGCCAGAGUGACAUGCCAAUACACGACCAGUGAUCACCAGCACCGCCGUCAGCACAUUCAGAGGCUGGAGCAGCGAAUUCGGCAACUGGAGGCCGACAAUCAAUCCCUAUCUACUCGGUUAGAGAGCAGUCAGGAUAUACUCGUGGCAAACGGUGAUCCUGGAUCUGCAGUCCCGUCACAUCACGAAGGGACUGUUGGGUCUAGAGAUGAUGAAGUGGCGGAGCAAGUACUCCAUACUUCUCUGGUUGCUGGAGGAGGUCAUCACUUCGUCGGUUCGACGAGCGGUCUGCUGCUCGCAACCCUGCUCCAGUCCGGCAACCCGUCGUCAUCCCUUUUCCCGAUUCCCACAGGCCAAACGGGCUCAGAGUUAGAGCGAACUCGCCAUUCCUCUUAUACAGAAUCUAAUAGACCGCCAAAAGGACUGGCCAAAGACUUGUUGCGAGCGUAUUGCGGCCAUGAUCACCUCUGUUAUCCUUUUAUCUCGACAAAAUCUCUCUUUCGGUCCUUGGAUGCAGUGUAUGAUGUGAGUGAUGACGAGGACCCUGUCGACGCUUUCUUCGUCGACAUGACGCUUGCAAUCGGAACCGCCCAAGCACAUCGCCUAAACUGGAACGGUAACUAUGAUUCCGAAGCAUAUUUUCAUCGCGCCAUGACAAGGUUGAUCGAUGUGCUUUCUCGAGGCGGUGUCGAACGGCUGCAAGCGCUUUUGUUAAUUUGCCAAUACAAGAUGGGCUCUACUUCUAGCAGCACUACUCCGAGUGUGUGGCAUCUUAUCGGCGUAGCGGCGAGAACCUGUUUAGAGAUGGGCCUUCACCGAGCAUCGACCUAUUCGUUACCUUCUGUGCCGACGGAGUCGACAGAUAAUAACGAUAGUACCUGGCAAGCAAAAGUCGAGGCAAUGGAAAUAAAAAAGAAGUGCUUCUGGAGCUUGGUGGCCUUAGACAGAGUUGUGAGUCUGGCUCUCGGGCGCCCUUUCGCAAUACAAUUGGAGGACAUCGAUGUAGACCUCAAUGACGACCACGAAUUUACUAGUCAUGCCCAACAAGAGGCAAACUCACCCCCUACACUAAGCGGAUCCCCCAACAAUGAUCAGAUUAGGACGUCCUUGUUUGUGUACAUUGUGCGAUACCGGCUCAUAUGUGGGAGAAUAUCCAACUCACUGCAUCGAGCCUCGAAGUCAAAAGGAGAUUCUACUGAUUUAGUGCGUGCAAGAGACUGCUUAGCCCUGGAGCUGCAGGAUUUGUAUGUUCAAACAGAAAAAUUGCCGCUUUUAACCAGGAACGAUCAAGCAUUCCAUGAGCUUGGAGCCGAAGGAGGGUCAAGCUUCCUUUCCAAGGAAUGGUAUCGACUGUUGUACCACAAUGGUAUGUUGAUGUUGUACCGUCCAUCGCCAUACCUCUGUGAUACUUCCCAUAAUAGUGUCGCGUUGCAACAUCUCUUCCGCUCCUCUCGCGAAGCGAUCCAUCUAUAUUCUAACCUGCAUCGGUCUAGAAAGCUCAAUUAUUCCUGGAUCACCAUGCACACCAUAUUCCUAGCGGGAUUGUCAUACAUAUACGCCCUUCGAACCCAUUUCCAAACUAUUCAUUCGCAAGCCACCCGGCCAAUGUUAGCCAGCACGCCAACGAUCACCGAAGUGGUGAACGAUACCCGGACUUGCUCCAAGGUGCUGCUUGCAGUCGCCGAGAGACAAGAUAUUGCACGGAACUGUUCAGAGCUUUUUGAUCGACUCAGUGAUGCGCUCAUUGCAGACGUGUUUGCGGCUCAGAGAGGUCCUUCAACGGGGGUUCCUGUAUCCACCCCGGCGCCGAAUUUCGCGACCGAGACGUGCUCCUUGAUGAAUAUGCCCGGAGAGAGUUUCUAUAACCAAGUACCGGAGGAAAAUUGCAUGAAUGUGAACAUGGCCAUCGAUAGUACAUUUCGGAAUUACUUUGGUGAUCUACAAAGUCUAGGGUUUGACGACUUGCACAACGACGCUCUUUCCCAGCUUUCCCAAGAAUGGUUCAUUGGGCUCGGCGAGGAUCGAGGGGUUUUGGGCAGUCUUUGA